ACGGAAGUGCUCGGAGAUCCGAGGUGCUGUCAAAGGUCCGGGCCGAGUGGCCACCGGCGGAGCCGGAAGAACCCCAGAGAGGAGGCAGAGGAGGGCGCCAGCUUGCUCGGACGGAUAUCUCAAAUGAUUUAGCAUGGAUCCUGUUGCGAGUCACAGCUGCCACCUGCUUCAGCAGCUCCACGAGCAGCGGAUUCAAGGCCUUCUUUGUGACUGUAUGCUUGUGGUCAAAGGAGUCUGCUUUAAAGCACAUAAAAAUGUUUUAGCUUCAUUCAGUCAAUAUUUUAGGACUUUAUUUCAGAAUUCUUCAGGCCAGAAGAAUGAUGUUUUUCAUUUGGAUAUUAAGAAUGUGGGAGGCAUAGGGCAGAUAUUGGACUUCAUGUACACUUCUCACCUAGAUCUUAACCCGGACAACAUACAGACGAUGUUAGACAUAGCGCAGUGUUUACAAGUACAGAACGUCCUGACUCUGUGCCACGCCUUUUUAAAAUCUGCCGCCACUGCCGAACCGCCCCCUAGCUUGCCCGGUAACAGUGCGUUCACCCUGCACGGGGCUCUGGCCAUCGAGGGCGGCGGGGUCCUGAGUGAGGACUACCCUGCCCAUCUGCUGCACGAGUGUGGCUCCGGUGGCCAGCCUCCGAGGGCCGGGGACGACCAGCCUUCCCACGGACCAGCGCCCGUUCAUCUCCACCAUCCCUCAGGGGAAGGACCGAAGCAGACGGCGUCUGGUGCUGUGGAAGGCUGCUGUACGGAGCUUCCAUUGAAGCAGUCCAGUUACUAUUACAAGCUUAGAAACUUUUAUAGCAAACAGUUCUAUAAACAAACUUCUUGUUCCAAUCACGAGCGAGUCAUGGAACAGCCCUUUACGUUUGGUGCAGGCACCGACCUCAACUCUGUAGAAAAUCCCGACUGUGCCGUGAGUCCCUCCGAAUGUGUCCUGGAGUCUUCGGAACACCUGCCUUCCAACUUCCUGGCCCAGCCUUUGAGUGAAGCCGCCCCCGACCCGGAGCCCGACAGCACGUCGUUGCAGCCUGCCGAGCAGAGGAGACUGAAAAAAGCGAUCCACCUCCAGAAACUGAGCUUCCUGAAGUCACAGCAGGUGGCCCAGGAGUCACCGGAAGCCAAAGCGGCGUGUAGCCUCGCAAAGGGAACGGCAGACUCGCCCCUCGUGAGUGGGAGCGCCGUCGGGAAAGCCAGCGGUCCGGCCACUGAAGGAAAGGACACGGAAGAAAUCAUUAGUUCGCAGAAUUUCGAUUGUGUUGCCGAGAUUGAAAGGAUUGAGGGCACCAUCAGCUUGAAGGACCAGACCCAAAGUCUUCAGUUGCAAAGACAAUACACUUGUGAACUGUGUGGGAAGCCUUUUAAACAUCCGAGCACUUUGGAGCUUCACAAACGGUCACAUACAGGUGAGAAACCUUUUGAAUGUAACAUUUGUGGGAAACACUUCUCCCAGGCAGGUAAUCUGCAGACUCAUUUACGUCGGCAUUCUGGUGAAAAGCCUUACAUCUGUGAAAUCUGUGGGAAAAGAUUCGCAGCCUCCGGGGAUGUCCAACGUCACAUUAUUAUUCACUCGGGAGAAAAACCCCAUUUGUGUGACAUCUGUGGUCGAGGUUUUAGUAACUUCAGCAAUUUAAAGGAGCACAAGAAGACUCAUACCUCGGAUAAAGUCUUCACCUGUGAUGAAUGUGGGAAGUCUUUCAACAUGCAGCGCAAACUGGUCAAGCACAGAAUCCGGCACACCGGCGAGCGACCGUACAGCUGCUCGGCGUGCGGGAAAUGCUUCGGGGAAUCGGGCGACCUCCGCAGGCACGUCCGCACCCACACCGGAGAAAAGCCGUACGCGUGUGAAGUGUGCAGCAAGUGCUUCUCCCGCUCCGCCGUGCUGCGGCGCCACAAGAAGAUGCACUGCAAGGCUCCUGCCGAAAGCCCCCCGGCCGCCGGCCCACAGGCACGGGCCGGCCCAGCCUCGGCCCCGGACAAGUCCCCGAGCUCCGUCCCUCUGCCCCAGGACGGCCCGGUGGCCCUGGGGCCGGCGUCUGGGAAGCUCCCCGUCGGCGCAGGAGGGAACUCUUCAGGGGAAUUUGGGAGCGGUUCUUCAGGUUCCUACUGCAAGUUGAGAUCCAUGAUUCAGCAGAACGAAGGGCCGGACCAGGAGAAAUUGGGCCUCGAUGCUGCCAAGCUGCCCAGGACUCAGGAGCCGCCGCCGCAGCCUUACGCUUUCCCGGAGGAGCCUCUGCCGGCCGAUGGCGUGGCCAUGAUGCGCUCCCCUGUGGCGGCUCUCGACGGCCACUGCAGCGAGGCCCUGAGCAGCCGGCCAUCACCUGCCCCGAACCGCGGCUCCGAAGGCCCCUUUUUUUCCAGCAUGACUCUCUGGGGCUUGGCGAUGAAGACGUUACAAAAUGAAAGUGAGUUAGAUCAGUAACGCCCUGUAUCGGUGAUUCUCGCUCGACCUGGAACCUGCCAGUGUGAGAUCACAAGCGGAUUGUUGAGCGCUGGCCCCAUGCUCAACAUCGUAAAAGAGAAGGCCAAUGUCUCUAGCUUGGGAGUGGAGAAAGGCGGGUUAGCAUUUCACCCUCGACCCAGAUCCUUGGGGCAGUCCCAGGCCGAGGUCUCUGCGAGGGACCUUUGAAGACCCCUGCUCCAUUUUAUACAUAACCCAGCUGAGAGUCUCCUCUUCCCACUUCUGCCUCCCCCUCGUCCCACUGCAGUGAUCCAUCCAUGAUCGAGUGUCAGAUGGGGCAGAAUCUGAGAGACCUUCGUCUCCCACCCUCUCGUUUAACAGAAGACGAAGCCUAGGGUCCGAGGGGGAGAACAGCUCACUCGGGUCUUCACGGCCUUUUAACACGGACUACAGAUCCCGGUUUCUUUUUACUGCCUUACGUGUUGGCACGUAACGGCUCGAGGCACAAGGGCCAGAGGGUUUACAUGCUGUUGAAAACUCUGAGGUAAUAUGUUGCUACACACUUGACUCCUGAGCAUUUUUCCCCAGUCAGGGUAAAACUUGUGUUUCCAAAAUUUUAUUUUUACACUUUUCAAAAAUAAGACUUGCAUUUUCAGCAUUUUAAUAUAGAUAUAUAUUUUUUUAAAGCCUACAUAUUUUGCACAAAAAAGACUUUAUAUGCAUUUGUAAUUCAUGUAUUGUAAGUUAAUAAAUGGAAAUUACCUUUCUAUUUGAUAGGA